GAGUUAGAUGAGUGGGUAGAAGAAAAAAGUGUGGGGGAAAAAUACAGGUCGUCCACUGUUGCUAUCAUACAGUAGAUAAAGCAGGGUCUCCUACAUCUUAAUACAGCAUGCAAUUACUCCUCGUAAUGAGGACCAAGCAUUCACGACAGCACGGCGUCCCUUCGUGGGGUGCCCAAUGCAAAUGCAAUGGAACAUCUCCAAACUUCCCCCUUGCCCUUCCCUGAAACACCUCUUGUCCAGCGGAGACCUGUACAGUCCGUCACCUCAGCAGGUAUCACACUGUCCACGGCAAAGUGCGAAACACGAGGACGAGUCAUUUGCCCCCUUCCUUACUUUGCAGCCGAGGCGACACCAGUGGCUCUUGCCCGCUGAGGAGGAGGACAGGACAGUCUCCUCACGUCAGCUCAGUGGGACCGGCGGGAGCAUGCGCCGAUCCGUGCGAGCCACCGUACCCUCCCGCCGGCUGUGCUAGUGGGAUCCGAAUGCAGGCCCACUGCCAGAGCCGGAGGUCCUAGGCCCGGACAACUUAACCGGGAUCGAGCCGCGCAACCCCGGGGGGUAAACGAGGCCACAAGACGUCCCGACCCCUCAAUGCUCGCACGGUUCCACUUAACCCGGCUGUUUGCAAAAUGCCAGAGGGAGGACCUGGACACCAGCAGAACAUUGAGGCGCCUUUCCGAUCUGUCGUCGCUGCGGGAGACUGGGAGGAGGUGGCCGAGUUAUCCAUGCUGCGUUGCAUUCGUAACUCACAGCCGCAGGAGUUUGCACCUGACUCUCGGGCGCGAGCGGUCUGCAAUACAUUUGGCAGGUUUACAAGGUGAAAGGUCAGCGCACUUGGAACCUACAGCCAGGAUACCUUGCAGUCUAUUUGUGGGGCAAAGGGGUUUCAAAUGUUUCGGUGGAAGUUCAGAUUCUCGUGUUGCAUUAUCUCAACCUGUCACAAGAAGGGAAUCACUCAGUAAAUGCAAAUCCAGGAAUCAUUUACAAAGUUUCUAUAUUUCUAAUCAUUUAAACUUUAUAAAACGCCACUCUGUUUUACUUCAAGAAGAGUUUGUAGCAACUGUUUUAAAACCGGGCGAAACUAACAGGAGUAUUGCAGCAGAGUUCUUGGGUUCACUUUUUGUUGGGAGCAUGGAGACAUCGAAAGGAAAGGCUCUGGAUGAAGAUCAUUGCAGCAUGAGCAUGGAGUGCGACCAGCAAAGUAUUGAAGAAGUUCAGUCAGUUUUCACAGCUGACUGUGACUUAGUCUCUGCAGAAGAUUCGCCAGCGAACAUACUCCGGUUAUUUUCGGAUAUAAAUACUGCUGAGCUUCUGGGAAAUGAUGUCCAUGAUGCGACACAAUCAGCAGAUGAUAAAAGGAAGAGGCCAAAGGUAAAAAAGAGGAAAAAAAAUAAAUCAGCUGCAGAGAAAGAAGUCAACAGUCUUCUGGCUGAGCUCCCAUUUCCAAAUGCAGAGAUACGGGAAGAAUAUGGUUUCACUAAAGCCCCUGUAAAGAUUUCAAAGAAAAAGAGAAAGCGUACUUUAGGCGGUGAGACUGAUGAAGACACGGGUCAAAUAAAGAAAAAAAAAGUUCAUCCAAAUUACUUUGUAUCUAUUCCAAUAACCAACCCAAAGAUUAUAGGUGGCAUCAAGGCAGUGCAAGACCUUGUAGUACAGGCAGAUGAAAGACUUUCCAAGGCCAUGAUACCAAUUUCCUGUCUUCAUAUCACCAUUCUUGUGACGUAUUUGGCAAGUGAUGUGGAGGUGAACAAAGCACUGAGUACAAUUGAAGAAUGCAAGGAGCCAGUGCAGGAAAUCCUACUGGGAACACAGUUGUCCUUAGGAUUUGAUGGGAUUGCAGAUUUCAGAGGAGAAGUAGUAUUUGCACAGUUAAUUCAAAAUGAACACCUGAGAACACUAGUCCAAAUUACUGAGACUAUAAGGCAAAGAUUCCAAGCAAAUGGUAUUUUGACUGGAGACAGCAAAGCUUUUAAACCUCACUUAACCUUUAUGAAACUAUCAAGGGCACCAAAGCUGCAUCAUCAGGGAAUUAAGAAGAUUUCUCCAGAACUGUAUAAAAAUUUAAAAAAUCAUUAUUUUGGUGAUGAGAUUGUGACUUGCGUACAGCUUUGCUCCAUGCUAAAGAAGAAGCAACCAAAUGGAUACUAUCACUGCGAGACCACACUUGCUAUGGGAAAAAAACACGAUUCAGACGUAAUUAGGAAUGCUCUGCAGAAAGAGACCAUUGCAGUACAGUGCAAAGUUAAUCAGAUAAAAGAACUAUUGUCGCAUCCAGGGACACAAAUGAAAAUACGGAGUGAAAUAGCUGUAAAAAACAUUGCAAUGAAGCAGUGAUAAGCAGGAGGAUAUAACAGUCAAUAUUGAUUCUUAUGACGUGUAAAAUGGAAAAAAAGUACAGUAAUACAUUCUCAGAGGAAAUUGAGGAUUGAGUUCACCUAAUAUUAAACAAGUUUCUUAUAAUCAUUACUUUGAACAUCAACUACUUCAAUUGGAAAGAAUAAAGUUAAAUAUUGCUUUAUUGAAAUUCAGUCGGCAUGUAAUAUUGUGGUUUGGAAUCAAUUUGAUUUCAUUUAUAUCAUAGAUGACAUGUAUAUCUAUCUACAUAUAAACUGCUUUUACUUUUUUUCUAAACAUUAUUAAAUUGAAUGCUUCAAUUUCUAUCUCUGAACAGGCAUUGAUUGGUUUACUGUUGUCAGUAAGAAAUCAACUGAAAAAAACAGCUUUUAGUUGGUUUGACCUAAAUAAAUUACACCUACAUAGAUAUUUGGAAAGGGCUGUUCUAAAGAGCAUUUAUUUAAUUUGCAUCUGCUUUAGACUAAUUUGUAUUGCUAAUUUGGGAUUAAUCAAUAGGUCUGAAAUUUCUACUUGGAUAAUAUGACUUAAAUAUAAUCUGCCUCAUUUUACUGGUCCAUGGUCGAUUAAAUUCCUAAAUGAAUCACAAAUUACUUUUACCACUCAAGACUAUAUGAAACAUUUGCCUCACUUGUAUUUGCACAGUUGUCAUUUCCCCAAUUGCAUAGUGGUUAGCACAACGUUCUACAGUACCAGCGACCUGGUUUCAAUUCCUGCCGCUGCCUGUAAUGAGCUUGUAGGUUCUCCCUGUGACCGUGUGAGUUUCCUCCGGUGCUCCAGUUUCCUCCCACAGCCCAAAUACCUACUAGUUGAUAGGUUGGUUGGUCAUUGUAAAUUGUCCAGAAACUGGGCUAGGUUUAAAUCGUGGGAAUACUGGCAGCGUGGCUCAAACGGCUGGAAGGGGCUGUUCUGUGCUAUAUCUCAAUAAAAAAUAAAUAUAGUAAGCAUGGAGUUUGUACAUUUUCUCUAUUACCACGUGGGUUUCUUCCAGUCACUCAAGUUUCCUCCCACAUUCCAAGGAUGUAGGAUAAUUGGUGGUUCAGGUGUAACUGGCCACCGUGGGCCCACUGAACUGGAACAGCCUGUUACCUUGCUGUAUCUCGAAAUAAAACAAAAGCAAAGAAUUCAAAACUGGAGCAAAACAGCCCUUUCGAGACUAUGCAAUUACCAAAUACAAAACUGAUAUCUCCCUUCUGUGACUCAACUAGAAUCUUAGAUUUUCAUCCAUUAUGGGGUGAUGUUUAAAUUAUUUCAUUAACAAACAUAAUUAAUUUUCACUAAAUCAUCUUUUGUCCUUUUUUAACAUCCAUUUUACUAUUAUUCAAAGUUCAUUUUAUUGUCAAAGUAUGCAUGUACAAUACAACACUGAUAUUCAUCUUCUGAUAGCCAUGAAAUAUAGAAAGACCAUGGGAGUUGUUGGAAGAAAACACAUCAACUCACACCCCGCCUCGGCAUGAAAAAGAAAAACAAAGCUCGCAAACCCCAAUAUGCCCCAACUUCUCCCCUGCAGAAAAGAAGCAACAAUAGCAACAAA